UCCUGCAGUCACGCUGCAACUGCGACUCACUCAGCUCCAUCACUUCCACUUCUGUCCCGCGGAGUCAGUCUUUCUGUUUUUACAGGAGCACUAAAACACUCGUUAUUCACACAUCCUGCACAAGAACCAGCAUCGGGACUCUCAAAGCUCUCGGACAUCGUUUUCUCCCCUCCCAAAGUUGAAUCUCUUUUCAUUCAAUGGGUCCGUGUGCAGUGCUGCUCUGCUCUCUGUUCGGAGUUCUGCUUGGACAAGGAGUGGAGCAGAUCUCCAUAGAGGACUGCUGUAAAGAUGGCCAGAAGCGAGCCAGUGAUAAUGAAGACUGCUCGUCCUUGCCUCUCAUCUCUGCGUCAAACACAUGCAGGAUAGUGCAGGAGCAGUGCUGUGUAACAGUGCUCGAGGAUAACAUGUGCACCACUGGUAUCAACGUGGCCAAAGACCAAGGAGCCUGCGAUUCGUUAUUCACCAACACCUGCGAGACCAAGACCACGAAGAUGUGCUGCGACUGCUGUCUUCUGGGGAAGGCGUCCCUGGAGAACGGCCUAACCUGUGACCACAACCUGUCAGUGGGUUACCAGUGUGGCCUGGUGUCCCGAGCCUGCUGCAUGGAUGCAGCCCCAGACAACCAGACCACACCCACGACAACAACUGAAUUACCAAACAAGGAUGGCAUCAGUGACAGUGGAGAUAAUUCAGUAUUAAAUGAUCUGUGCCAAGGGAAAUGUGCUCAUAACUGUGUAGGCAAUGACACUUGCACCUGCCACAAAGGCUUCAAACUCAAGCCAGAUGGAAAGAGCUGUGAGGAUAUCAACGAGUGUUUGCUGGGAGCCAGCAACUGUCGAGCAGGAGAGCGCUGUAUCAACACAGAGGGCUCGUUCCGUUGCCAGAGAGAGGUCAGCUGUGGGACUGGCUAUGAACUCACUGACAACAACAACUGUAAAGAUAUUGAUGAGUGUGAGACUGGUAUCCAUAACUGUGGCCCAGAGUUUGAGUGCCAAAACACCCAGGGGUCGUUCCGUUGUGUCCCUAAGGUCAAGUGUGGUGCUGGAUAUAUCCAGGAUGCCCUUGGCAGCUGCAUUGAUAUCAAUGAGUGUGUUAGCCAGACGGGCCCAUGCCACCGCGGGCAGACCUGUGUCAACACAGUCGGCUCCUACAUGUGCCAGAGGAACUCCGUUAACUGCGGCCGAGGAUACCACCUCAAUGAGGAGGGCAAUCGCUGCGUUGAUAUUGAUGAGUGUAAGGGCCCUGAAAAGGUCUGUGCAGGUCAUGGUUGCAUCAACCUGAUAGGCUCCUACCGCUGCGAGUGUGAGACGGGCUACAUCUUCAACAGCAUCAGUCGGGUCUGUGAGGAUAUUAAUGAAUGCAGGCACUACCCUGGCCGCCUGUGUGCUCAUAAGUGUGAGAACACACUUGGAUCGUACCAGUGUAGCUGCACCACCGGCUUCAAGCUCGCUGGUGAUGGCAGGAAUUGUGACGAUUUGAAUGAGUGUGAGAGCAACCCAUGUAGCCAAGAGUGUGCCAACGUGUACGGCUCCUACCAGUGUUACUGUCGCCGUGGUUACCAGCUCAGUGACAUAGAUGGCAUGACUUGUGAAGAUAUAGAUGAGUGUGCCCUGCCCACUGGAGGUCAUAUUUGCUCCUAUCGCUGUCACAACACCCCAGGCAGCUUCCACUGUUCCUGUCCUGUCAAUGGCUACACCUUGGCACCCAACGGCCGCAGCUGCCAGGAUAUUGAUGAAUGUGUGACGGGAACACACACGUGCGCGGAGAAUCAGAGCUGCUUUAAUGUACAGGGAGGAUUCAGAUGCCUGUCCUUCGACUGUCCAAACAACUACCGGCGCGUUGGAGAGACUCGAUGUGAACGCUUGCUUUGCAAUGAGUCUGUCGAGUGCCUGGCCAUGCCCCUGAGAAUAACCUACUACUACCUCACCUUCCCCACCAACAUCCCCGUCUUCACCAACAUCUUCCGCAUGGGCCCCUCCCACACCGUGGCCGGCGACGACAUCCAGAUCGCUAUCACCUCUGGCAACGAGGGCGGUUUCUUCAAGACGGAGCAGGUGGCCACUGGCGGCGUCAUGUCGGUGGCAAAGCUCAUCAACAAGCCGCAGGACUUCGAUCUAUCUCUGGAGCUAAGGCUGCGUCGCUAUGGCACGCUCAGCACGUACCUGGCUAAAGUGCUGGUGUUUGUUACCCAGGAGGAGCCCAGAGUACCUUACAAUCCCCUAGUAGAAUAAAACACUAAAGUUACACAGGGUCACAAGUUAUUACACUCUUAAAAAGGAUGUGUCUUUUUAAUGCACUGUGUCGUAGAGUUAACAGAAAAAAAUCAUCCGCAACACAAAAUGCCUGCGAGAUAAUGUCACAGUAUGUUCAAAGCGAAGCAUGGUGAUGCAGACUACUGUAUGUUACAUUCUGCGUAGAUAUAAAUAAAAAUUAGGAUUUCCAGUUACUAAAAAUUCAUUGUUAUAAUCAAAUCAUUUUCUUUCAUUCAUAGAUUUGUGUGAUUAGAGUAAGGCAUGCCUAAAAAUGUGCCCAAACUAAUGGCUGAAUUAACUGGCUUGGGGCCCCAGGGCAGAAAUGAGCUGUGGGCCCCUAACAAAUAGUCCCAUCCACAGAACUGGCUUGUCCCCUGAAAAGCUCCAGUUGUGGGCUCUCCCCAAAUCUGCUUCACUCGUAUCAGCGCAUUUGUGUGCUCAUGUGCAGUCCACUUUUUUGCAACAGUUGCAUACAAAAGAAAAAACAAAAAACUGCAUACCAUUUUCAGGAGAGGGGUUUUUAGAAUGAACCAGGCUUCAAAAUAACACAUACUCAGGGCGUCCAGGAGCUCACCUGGUAGAGCAGGUGCCCCACAUAAAAAGGCUUUGUCCUUGCUGUAGCGGACGGGGGCUUGAUUCCAUCCCAUGGCCCCCUGCUGCAUGUCAUCCCCCUUUCACGCUAAUACUGUCCCAAUAAAAAAAGGAAAAAAGCCCUAAAAAUAUCUUUAGUUGGGCCCUAUAAAGUUUUCCCCUUUUUCCCCCCCUUAUGGACGGCCCUGCUAACGGCCCCUGUCGCCCUUUGUACAAUAUCUGUGCAUCAUCCUGUCUUCUAUAAAAACAGUUUCAUUUAACCUCAUUCAACGUCAUUUCAUUUAAUGUUGACUUUGACAGAAAAGUGAGUAGUUUUUUAAUUGCAUUUCCUAAAAUGUCAAACCAUUCCUGUUCACCAUUUUUCAAUGCAUCAAAUUACUACAAACCAACAGGCACAGUUGAUGUGAUUCCACCCACCUGUUUUUAUGUGCAUUUAUAAAUUUGCACAGUUUAAAAAAACAGAGUGGAAACAACAAAAAUUCCCUCCAAAAAAGAUUCAGCAAAUAAAUGAUGACAUGCAGUCAUGGCGUACCGUCAUUGCAUAGGCCACUACAAACUCUCUAAAUCAUCUCUAGAUGGCUUUUAACACACUUAUCCACACAGUGCUGUUGCCAGAACUCUUCUAAGAACACACAGCUGUUUCUAGAAUUCUAUUUCCAUUGUCCAGUGUGCUGCCCAUUAUUAUACAUCCAUUGUUUUCCUUUGUGUGAGGUCUGACUUAAUAAUUCUUUCUUUAAUUCCGUCAUCUCGUUGCACCUUGUUCUGCAUUAGCAUCUGAUUUGAAAAGUAUUAUUAUUAUUGAAUCAUCUCCCAAAAACAGUAGUGGAUGGCAAACCAUAUAAACCUGCAUUUUCCUUUGCAGAUGUUCUCAGUUUUGUUAAAACCUUGUCUAUUUCAUCUUUUAUUUUGCUAUAAAUCACCACAGAUAUGACUCUGUUCGACACAAAACAAGUGUUAAAGAUGACACACCCUUUUUUGAGAGUGGAUAUGAAACAAAACAACACAAAAUCAGGAGAAAGAAGCACAGUUUCUUAGUACUGUAGCAUUUUGCAUAAUCAAUUUUUACUACUAGAAUUAAGAAUAAUGAUUGAGCAGUGCAAACUAGGUCCAACUGAAUGUAUCUUCUUGGAGGUAAGGCACCAUGAUAGCCGCUAGGUGGCGUCCUAGGUCAGGGUAAAUGAUGAAAUGGUAACGACCCAAGUUUGCCUACAACUGAGUGUAAUCUGAUGAUGGUUGCAUGAUAAAGUCUGACGUUUUGCAGUAUUUUAUGGUUUAUGUGUUGGAUGAACAGUUUUCUAUUAAAAUUGAAAUAGAAAUAACACAUGUUCAAGUCAAAUCCAGUUCUUGAUAAUGGUGCAUUGUGGGCUUUAAUCAAAUACAGCGAAGGGAGCAGCUGGAAUGUGAGGCCAAAUCACAGAUGGUGGCAAGAAGACUUCCUCACAUAGUUUCAUGUUACUAUUAUUCCAACAGCUUCAGUGAAGAGGAAGUCCAUUGACACAUGCAAAUCUCUAGUGAUGCAAAUAUUUAAAGUCAAAGUAUGUUUCGUGAUCUGAUUAAAAAAAAGGGUUGAUUUUCUA